AUGGGAGACGGGAGCUGGGUUUGUUUGAGCCCAGCUGAGUUCAGCCAGCUGCAACAGUACAGCGAGUACUCCACUAAGAAGCUGAAGGAUGUGCUGGAGGAGUUUCACGGUGAAGGAGUGCUGUCCAAAUACAAUCCAGAGCAGAAGCAAGACGUUCUCAACCAACCCAUUGAUUAUGAGGGCUUCCAGCUUUUCAUGGCCACAUACCUGGAGAAUGACAUCCCAGAGGAGCUGUGUCAGCACCUCUUCACCUCCUUCAAGAGCAAGACGGGAGGAUGCUCUCCGGAUCAGUCUCGUGCAGGAACGAGCUUACUGGACGCCCGCUCCAUUGACGCAGGCAUCUCUAUUCAGACCGAAGUGGCCUGUGCCCCCAUUACAGGGAUGAAUGGGAAAAGCAUCCUGUCAGCAAUGGGCCGGCACACACCGGAGCACACCGGCGUGAUAAGCACAGCGGGCUCCGGAGCCACCACCUCCCCUUGCUCAUCCCGCUCCUCAUCGCAGCGUUCGGGGACGGGGGCCCACACACCUGGGGGGCCCCACCGAUCCCCCCGCACCCAGGUCAAAACCUCAGAGGGGAGCAGCAACGCCCUGACCCCCAACGCCGGUCCUGCCAGGUCGCCAGUGUCCCCCAAACUUUCACCAGAGAGGAGCCACUCCGAGAAGCAUUUGUCGCUGCGGAGGAGCCCGUCUCCCCAGAAGGGCACCCCCCUGCCGUCGCCCCAGGUGGUGUUUCUCAAGGACAUCGUCUGUUACCUUUCCCUUCUGGAGAGGGGGACGCCGGAGGACAAGCUGGAGUUCAUGUUCCGGCUGUACGACACAGACGGCAACGGGGUUCUGGACAGCUCGGAGCUGGAUCGCAUCAUCAAUCAGAUGGUGCACGUUGCAGAGUAUCUGGAGUGGGAUUCAACGGAACUGCGACCGAUACUGAAGGAGAUGAUGGAAGAGAUCGAUUACGACAGAGACGGGACGGUCACACUGGAGGAGUGGAUCAGAGGAGGCCUCACCACCAUCCCUUUACUGGUCCUACUGGGCAUGGAAACGAACGUACAGGAGGACGGGCAGCACGUUUGGCGUCUGAAGCACUUCAACAAGCCGGCCUACUGUAACUACUGCCACACCAUGCUGCUGGGAGUCCGCAAGCAGGGCCUCUGCUGCUCAUUAUGCAAGUACACAGUGCACGAACGCUGUGUGUCCAAAGACAUCGCUGCCUGCAUCAGCACCUACGCCAAGUCACGGAGACACACCAACGCUAUGCAGCAUGUUUGGAUGGAGGGAAACUCUCCUGCCAAGUGCGACCGCUGUCACAGAAGCAUCAAGUGUUACCAGGGCCUGACGGGCCUGCACUGUGUCUGGUGUCAGAUCUCUCUCCAUAAUAAGUGUGCGUCUAAUGUGAAGCCGGAGUGUGAUGGAGGAGCCUUGAGGGACCACACUCUGUUGCCCUCGUACAUCUGCCCCGUCGUCUUGGACCGUCAUUCUGUGGUGAAGCGUGGCGAGGGGGAGUCGCCGCCCAGCACCAGCCCUGAUGACAUCAAUCAAACUUUCAAGUUCUCCCCUGGAGACGGACAAGCACUGCAGAUCACCCCUCUCCCAGGCACUCACCCGCUCCUGGUGCUGGUCAAUCCCAAGAGUGGAGGGAGGCAGGGGGAGCGGGUACUGAGGAAGUUCAGGUACCUACUAAACCCCAGGCAGGUGUACAGUUUGGAGCAAGGUGGACCAAUGGUAGGGCUCAACUUUUUCCAUGAUGUCCCUGAUUUCCGGGUGCUUGCUUGCGGAGGUGACGGCACUGUGGGCUGGAUCCUCGACUGUAUAGAUAAGGCCAACUUUGCCAGGCACCCUCCAGUGGCCAUCCUCCCUCUGGGCACAGGCAACGACCUGGCACGCUGCUUACGCUGGGGAGGAGGUUACGAAGGCGGCAGCUUGCUGAAGUUCCUCCGGGACAUCGAGCACAGCACAGAGGUGGUGCUCGACCGCUGGAACAUAGACAUCGUCCCUGACGACAAGGAGGAGAAGGGAGACCCUGUUCCCUACAGCAUCGUCAACAACUACUUCUCCAUCGGAGUGGAUGCCUCCAUCGCUCAUCGCUUUCAUCUGAUGCGGGAAAAGCACCCGGAGAAGUUCAACAGCAGAAUGAAGAACAAGCUGUGGUACUUUGAGUUCGGCACCACUGAGACCAUAUCUGCCACCUGCAAGAAGCUCAACGAAUGCAUAGAAGUCGAGUGUGACGGGAUCAUCAUGGACCUCAGCAACACCUCCUUAGAGGGCAUCGCUGUGCUCAACAUUCCCAGCAUGCACGGCGGCUCCCACCUGUGGGGCGAGUCGAAGAAGCGGAGGAACUACAACCGCAUGAGCAAGAAGGUUACCGACAGGAUGCCGGCCAGCACUGUCACGGACGCUAAGGAGCUCAAAUUUUGCAUGCAAGACUUCAGUGACCAGCUGUUGGAGGUGGUCGGCCUUGAAGGGGCCAUAGAGAUGGGGCAGAUCUACACUGGACUGAAGAGUGCCGGACGCAGACUGGCUCAGUGUGCCAACGUCACCAUCAGGACGUCCCGACGGCUGCCGAUGCAGAUCGAUGGCGAGCCCUGGAUGCAGCCUCCCUGCACGAUCAGGAUCACACACAUGAACCAGGUCCCCAUUCUACUGGGUCCGCCUCAGAAGACGCCGUUCUUUUUCUUCAAGAAACGCAACCGGAGCCGCGACUAGGACACAUGCAUGCACACAAAAACACACACAUACACGGCACACAUAGAUAUAUAUGCACACACACACACACACACACACAUGCCAACCACUGUAAAGGCAGCUCC